UUUCUAUUGAAUAUUAUUGAAUUCUUUAAACCCUAACAGCUGUAAAGCUGUGUUAGCUGUGUUUAGCUAGGGUUUAGUGAGCUGUGUUAUUCCCUCUUCUGUGUAAAGCUUGUUAAUAAGCUGUAAAGCAUGUGUUAAGAGAGUGUGGAGGUCAUCAUACUCUCAUGCUUGCUUAGCUGACUUGCUUAGCUGCCAUUGUCCCCUACUCUCCUCUCUCUUUCCCGAUUAUUCCUCUAUUUAUGCUUAAUCUUGUAAACUGUUUUGAUAUACUGAAAUAUACAUUAAGGUUUUCUAUAUGGUAUCAGAGCAGUGAUCCCUCUUGGACCUGCUUCUGUGUUCUUCCGAAAUCCUACCAAAUUCAAACCAGUUAAAGCCAUUAUGGCAACAUCAUCAGAGAAAGUUUCAAAAAACGAAACUAUGGAUACCAACCCAAUUCAACGUUUGAGCUCAGUGCUCCUAAACGAAUUCAACUAUCUGCCUUGGUCACGAGCUAUUUCUCUCGCUCUUGGAGGACGUGGAAAGCUCCAGUUCAUUCAAAAGGAUGAUAUCAUGCCCGAAACAACUUCACAAGAUUAUGCAGCAUGGGUGUCCCAAGACCAACUUAUCAUGUCUUGGCUGUUGAAUUCUAUGGAACCAAAGAUGGCUGAGAUUUUCAGUUAUUCAGUAUCAUCUCACCACCUUUGGAUUUCUGUACGAGACAUGUAUGGAGAUCUAAACAAUGCUGCGCGAGUCUUCCAGCUGAAGAAAGAUCUUACAGAAUUACAACAGGGAAAUCUCUCUUUUGUUCAACAUCUUGGCAACUUGAAGGCCAAAUGGAAUGAAUUGGAUCUCUACAGACCUCAUACCACGGACACAACCAUUCUUUUAAAGCGUGCUGAAGAAGACAAAGUGUUCCAGUUGCUUGCCAGCAUCGGACCAGAAUAUGAGGACCUUAAAAGUCAUCUCCUGAUGACACCUGAGCUUCCCACCUUCCAGAUGGUCUGCAACGUUAUUCAACGCGAAGAAAUAAGGAAGAAGGUCAUGAAUGCAGUCGUUGUCGUUGGAGAAUCAGAUCCUAGGCCAUCAGAAGCAAGAGCCUUCACCUCUUUCAGACCAUACAAGGGAAAACGACCAGACUUAAAGUGUUCUCACUGUGUGAAAAUAGGUCGUCCAGGCAUUGGACACAUAAAAGAAAAGUGCUGGAUUCUUCAUCCAGAACUUAAACCCAAGUUCAAUGAUGAGGGAAGAGCACCAAGAAACCAAAUGAAGCCUGCCUACACUCCUCAAGGAAACCUUGUUUGCGACAAUGUCUCAAAAAAUGUGAUGAACUCUUCUUCUAGUCCCAUUACUCUCAUAAAUGAAUUUGCUAACUUCUUGCAACAGAAACAAGGGACAACAAAUCAUGAAAAUCCUGCAGCCAUGCUCGGCAAGUUUGCUGGCUUCCUCGAACAGUCAAGCUCAGUGUCACAAAAUGAUGUGCCAGGACCGAGUUUCGAAGGAAACGAUUGGUAAAGGUUUCUUCCUCAAUGGACUGUACUAUGUCAACUUCUCUUCAAGUUUUCCAAAAGGUUUCUACGUAAACUCAAACACAGUAAACAAGGAGCAGCUGUGGCACAUGAGAUUAGCUCAUCCUUCUUCCCAUGUUAUGUCUUUUAUUUUUCCUAGUUUCUGUAAAGAGAUUUCAGAUUGUGAAGUUUGUCAAAAAUCUAAGUCCACCAGGUUACCCUUUCCCCAUUCUCUCUCUAGAGCUACCAAAGUUUUUGAAAUUGUCCAUUCCGACAUUUGGGGACCUGCAACCUUAGAGUCUUUUGAUGGCUACAGAUUCUUUAUAUCUUUCAUUGAUGAUUUCUCUAGAACUACCUUUGUGUAUUUACUUAAAUUCAAGCACGAAGCUUUCCAGU